GACGACGCCAAAAUGGCUGCAGUGAGUGCUUCAGUUAGGAAGGGCUCCGGUCGCUUGGGGGCGAUGGAGCUCCGAGAGCCAAAGCUUAGGUCCCUCCCCCUCAGAUGCUUCACGUGCGCUCAGGAUAACACCGCUCUUAACCUGGUCCGGCAUCCCACCAGCCUUCUAGUUCUUUCUUUUGUCAACCGGGACUCUGCUUAACCUUCCGCCCCACCUCGUCCCUCAGAUUUCACACUAUUCUUGGCGCCCCCAUCCCUUUUUCUCAGAGCUUAAGUCUUAAAGGAUGAAGACAAAGGCAGUUUGAAGAAACUUUUUAAGUGGAGGAGUAAAAAGAGACUUUUUGAGAAGUGCAAAUGAAGACAAAGUGGAUACCAGUCUUGAAGUUUUCCAAAGUAAGAGACAUCUUCUGAAUAUAAGCAUUUACUAUAAGGAAGACUGGUUGACUCAUGACUCUACUCCAUAAGAUGAAAAUUCAUAUCUUGUCUGAAAUAUCCACUGAAUCAUAUUGACUGUAUAGAGUUCUUGAAAGUUAUCUUUACAAAUUGAUCGAUUGACUUCACAAUGUCAGAGAUCAGAUUCAGCAAUCUCACUUGGGAUCACAUUGUCACACUGGAUCGCGUGUUAGAUGAAGUAAUCCCAAUUCAUGGAAGGGGCAAUUUCCCCACGCUGGAGGUAAAACCCAAAGAUAUUGUUCAUGUUGUGAAAGAUCAACUCAUAAAGCAGGGCAUUAUUGUUAAAGAUACCAGAUUGAAUGGCUCUACAGCAAGUUACGUACUCGCAAGCCAUAAUGGAAUCAGCUAUAAAGAUUUGGACAUUAUUUUUGGUGUUGAUCUACCAAGUGACCAAGAAUUUCAGGUUGUUAAGGAUGCAGUUUUAGGUUGUCUACUUGACUUUUUACCAAAAGGUGUUAAAAAAGAAAAGAUUACCCUAAAGACAAUGAAAGAGGCAUAUGUGCAGAAAAUGGUCAAAAUUUGCAAUAACCAUGAUCGUUGGAGUCUCAUCUCUCUUUCAAAUAACACCGGAAAGAAUGUAGAACUAAAAUUUGUGAAUUCACUCAGACGACAAUUUGAAUUUAGUGUAGAUUCUUUUCAAAUUCUUUUGGAUUCCAUGUUAGAUUUCUAUAGUGUCCCAAAUGCUAAGCUAACCAAAGAAUCCUGUCCUGUUGUGGUGGCUGAAAGUAUGUAUGGGGAUUUCCAGGAAGCAAUGAUACAUUUGAAAUACAAGCUUAUAUAUACCAGAAAACCUGAAGAGAUCAGAGGUGGUGGCCUUUUGAAAUAUAGCAAUCUGUUGGUUCGUGAUUUCAAACCAGCUUGUCAAACAGAAAUUAAGACUCUGGAACGUUAUAUGUGUUCUAGAUUUUUCAUUGAUUUUCCUGAUGUAGCAGAACAGCAAAAGAAAAUUGAAUCAUACCUCCGCAACCAUUUCAUAGGUGAAGAAAUAAGCAAGUAUGACUAUCUUAUGACCUUGCAUGGAGUUGUGAACCAAAGUACUGUCUGCCUCAUGGGUUAUGAAAGAAGGCAGACUCUUAACAUGAUCACCCUUUUGGCUUUGAAAGUACUUGGAGAACAGAAUAUAUUACCCAGUACAGACAGCGUAACUUGCUUUUAUCAACCUGCUCCAUACCUAGUUCUUGAGAGAGGGUACCCAAGUUAUUAUGUAGCGUCUGGGCUACCACUUGUUUACUUCCAGCCAUGUCCUGCAGUGCGGUUUCCAGUACAAAAUGAUAUGAUGUAAGAAGUACACAUACCAGAAGCAUUGCUUAAGCACAUCUGAAAAGCAAUUUUCCAAUUCUGUAAACGCUAACAUUUACUAUUGUGUAGUUGCCAACUAUUUUUCACCAAUUAUAGCUUAAAUAAUCGUAAUAGAUAAGAUAUCAUCUCUAAACUAACUUUUAAAUGAUCUUCAAAUGUGACUGGAAAAACUUUCAAAUGUAGUGGAAUACUUGAGAUGAUUUUUCAAAUCUUACUGACACUUAAGAUAAAAUUCACUUGACCAGUAUGUUAAAGAUGCCUGUAUCUUUGGCUAAAGUAUAAAAGAACACUUUUCAUGUUAUAAAUGGACAUGCAUAGUGAAGACAUAUUUAGACAUCUUUAUGUCCAAGUUCCUUGUUACACUGUAUUUUUCUUAGCAAAUAGUGCCGUGAAAUUUUAGUGUUUAAAUUGAAAAUAUGUGAUUUCUAUAAUAAGAAAUUUAAAUAAUGUUAAAAACCUACAUUUCCCAAUAAAAUUUGUUGGGUUAAAAAUACUACUAAAGUUUGAAGAAUCACUAGAAAAAAAAAUGUUCUGGAAAACAGUCAUUUACCCUCUGUAUAAUAAUUAGCUAAUAUGUGGAUUGAAAAAUUCCUUUCAUCUGGACAACCAAUAAGAUAACUUAUUAUGCAGGGGUUUUGGCAUUUAAAUAAGUUGAAAAGAAAAAAAAUAACCAACUCUGAAUGUGAAACUAUUUUAUCAUCAUUUCCUAAGAAGAAACUAAAUGGGACAAAAAAGAGAGAAAUACCACCACCAACAACAGAAAGUUAGAGAAUUUAGCCAUGACAUUUAAGAUUUUGGGCUUAUUUGAUCAACAUCCUGGGAAAUUUUUGUUAUUAGUAAUUGAAAGCACCUACCACCAAAUAAAGCACUUUCACUUUUCUAAGACCAAAGAUUGGUUUAUAGUAUGUUCCUCAAUGUUAAAUUUCAGUUAACACCAUCCUUUUUCAGUAAUUGUGUAUAUUUGCCAUUAUUCUGAGAAUUUAUUCAGUAAUCACAUAUCCACUAUCAAAUCUAUGAAUGGGAUUUAAAAUUAAUUUCUCUCAUAUGAUAAGAAAGCCAUUGAUCUGUUAUCUGGGAUGGUAAUAACAAGCUGUUCUGAAUAAAUGUCAAUAAGGCCAUCCGAAAACUUAAGUACUUAUUUUUCCAUCACAACAUGAACAAGCAAUCAAAAUCUGAGAAUGUGCUACCUACAGACUGUAUUUAAAGUCUCAUCUCAGCAUUAUAGUAUUGAAUACAAAAGUACAACUUCUAAGGAAUUUUCAAAUAGCCAAUAUUUCUGACUUUUUUUUGUAUCCAUACAUCGCUGGCCAUUGCCAUAUUUAAAUAAUUACAUGUAUAUUACAGAAUCCCAAGGCUUUAAAAUAUUUGUAUUUACCUCUUUGGGAGGACAAAAAAAUAAAAAGUAUACUAAGAAAUUGUAUCACUGUAUCUAUAUACAUCAUGCAUUGGCUAAAGCAUAGUGAUCAUUUUUUUGUGUCCUAAUAUAUACACUUUACUUUUCAGAAAGUGGGAAUACAUAUACAUAAACAUGAACUUAUUCAUCAUUAAAAAAGUAAUUCUAAAAGAUACAGGGAAAAUACUCGAAAAUGAAAAGGAGUUAGUGUUAGUGAUGCCAUUGCUAAAGGCUCAGUAUUUCCCACAGUAGUUCAGUAAUAGAAUUGUGAAGGUGUCUGGGAAUAUCUUAUCACAUCUGUGAUCCCAUUGCUUCUUACUGCUAUUUCCUCCAAACUCUCUAAUUGCUAAGAGGCAUUUUUCCAUAUUAUUAUCCUAAAGCUUUAAAUUGCAAUGUAGAGAAUGGCCUAAAAGGAUCAUGCUUUCUCCUAACAUUUUAAGUGUCUUGUUCUCUUAUGAAAAAGCUCCACAUAAAUGUCUAAUAUUUUCUCAGGUUAGAGAAUCCAAACAUGUUGAAUGGGAAUGAUAUCAUAAAAGAAAAAGCUUUAGCCUAUUCCUCAUGACUUUGUUUCUCUAAAUAACAUCACCACGCUAAGCCUUCCUUUAUUGCCUACUAACCAAAAAGGAUUAUGUAUUCAAUGGCAUGUCAGCAUCUCUCCAGAACUAGUGUAACUGCCUUAAAAAAACAGUACUAAUUCCUUCUGUUCAUUGGUUUACUACAAAGCAUUUUUGUAUGUAAACAGGUGCCAGCCUUUUUUUUUUACCUGAUGUAAUCCAUAGAAGUCAUUCAAUAAUUUUAAAACUCCAUUCCAGCAUAUGUCAUUUCAUCACCAGACACACACCAGAUUGCCCUUGAUUGCUUUAACUAGUGUUAAAAUCCAGGAGUAACAGGAAAGGCACAAAGCUACACAGAGAAACCCUGUCUCGAAAAACCAAAUAAAUAAAUAAAUAAAUAAAUAAAUAAAUAAAUAAAUAAAUAAAUAAAUAAAAUAAAACAAAUCCAGGAGUAAGUUUUAUUCUGAAAGUUGGUUUUACUUUUUAACAUCAGUAAUGUAACCAAAACCAAAAGAGAAAAAAAUGUAGUUCUAACAUUUCUAUUAGUUGAAUUAAUUGGGUUUUAGCCACAUAUUCUUUUAAACUAGAAUAUUCUUACAGUUCACAAAUGUCUACAUAUUAUAAAAGAUCUAAUGGGGUAUGUAAGACUUUUAAAUAGCCUUCUGCUAGUCUCUAAUCUACUGCUUUAAAAAGAAAGGAUUAGCUUGUUUGGGGUGAUAUCAUACAAGUUAGAGGAGAUACACUACUUGGAAACCAAUUUUAUGUUACUGAUAUUUGAACAUAACACAUUUUGCUUUACUUUGCUUUGUUAUGGGAGGAUGAGAUUUUUUGAAUGAAUUAGAACAAAACUCAUUUUUAUAAAUAUACACCUUGAAAGAACAACAGAUGUUUUAUAGAUGAUUUUAAUGCAUGUGGUUUAUAUGCCCCCUCCAGCAGGCAGACCUCCAUGUCCUAUAGAAGGAGUGCCACAUAGAUGCAUCUUUUAAUGCCUCCGAAUAAAAUCAUUAACCCCUGUAAAUGAAUAAAAUGGCCCUCUUAAGAGAAAUAGUGUAUCAAGUAGCUACUCCUCAAAAUUAUCCCAAAUUUAAAAUGAUGGUUAAAUGUCAAUCCAAUUAAUUUGGUGAUUUCUUGUAUAAUUCUAGACUAAUGGAGAAAUAUAAAGUAGUCUCUUUAAAAUGCUAACUAACCCAUCACACAUUAUAGAUAUGCCCCAUUCAUACAUAUUCCUUAGGCUAAACUAUGGAACCCAGAAGGCUGUGAUUGGAUUCUUGUUAAAGACCUGGUGAUGAGUAGGGGAUACUGGUCUCUGCGAAAAUGACAUUACAGAGCGGUAUGAGAAUACUAACUAAUAUAAUACUUGACCUUUUAUUUUUACUAUAGUAGAAUAACUUGAAAGUUUUCUACAUAAAAUGAAAGCUUAAUUCCAAAACAAAAAGGUAAAGAUAUUAUCAAAUCCUUAACUUGUGAAAUCAGAAUGUGUGUUUAUAGUAGUGUCUUCCAAAUGCUUUGAAAAUUAAAAGUAAUUUUAGGAAAUCAUUGAUAUGUAUACUUUCUAUUUUAAAAAGGUUUUAUAAUUUUAGUGCCUCCCAACAAUAAUACAACCCAUAUUAGCAGGUUUUUGAACAAAGAUAACUACAAAUUGUAAUUUUAUUUAAGUCAUGAGGAUGACUUUCUUGAACAUAAGUAUUUCUUCAUACUUAUCUUCUUUACAGAUUUAAGAAAGAGUUUAAAGGCACCUUUGGUACCCUGACUUCAAAAUCCAAUACUUUUUCAGGAAGUAAACUCCAAAUACAUGUUGUUGACUAACUAUUGAAAUUGUAUUUUCACUAUUGAGUAAAAUUCUUUCAGAUUCAGCUGGCAAGUUAGGAAUAUAUAUUAACACUGGCUUAAAGAGUAAAACUGUCUCCUUUGAAAAGCACUCAAAUGAAUCUUUAAAGUCAAAAGCAAGAUACCCUUCUAUAAAAUACCAUAUCUGUGUACCAAAACAGAAACUAUAUACAUGAGGUUAUAUGAUUUAGUCAUGUUGAGGGCUAUAUUUAAACAUACUAGCCAUAGAGCUAUAUUAAUUUCAGUAGCUGUUUACUAAAACAAGGAGAAUAAUUGUAGAAGAGAUAUACAGCUGCUGGUAAAUCUCGACAGCUUCCAAAAACAAAGGAGCAUUAAUACAUUUCUCUGGAAGAAUGUUUUGUUGUUAUCUUUAUUUUAAAUAUUUUAACAUACCUAAAGCAUUAAAAGUAUACUUAUUAAUAAAGCAUCAUGUAGUGUUCUAACAUGUGAACAUUGCUGAUGCUUAAAUAUGAUUAGUACAUGUGUUUCCUCAAACAUGUAUCUGUUCUUUAUGAUGAAAACUAGAGAUUUACAGUAAUGUGUGUUAUCUGUAGUAAUUCUACUGAAGAGGAAGGUUUUAAUUCAUCUUGUUUCUCUUCUACAUUUUCCUCAUUUACUAAAAUGGCACUUCUGUUUUUCUUAGUGACAGGAUAGAAAAAUUGAAAAACUAGGGGCAAUUUUUUAUGUUUAUUUUACAAAAGAAUAAUUCCUAGUAAAGAUGGAAUCUGGAACUGUUAAUUUACUAAGAUUGUGUUCAUAGACAUUCCAUUCCAGAAAAGUAACUUCCAUGUAUGUAUUGCAGAGAACCCAAAGUUAGGCUGUCUGAUUUUCAAGAUAUCUCAUGCCUAGAGCACAUUAACAAUCAUUCAAUAAGCUUAACUAUCCCAGCAAGAUUAGAAAUAGCCCCUUUCAUUAGCUGAAAUUUUCUGAUCUCAACCUAUUACUGUUAGAUAAUGUCUUCUGAUUGCCAUUUUAUAGGUCAAUGUAGAACAUCUGACUUCCUCUUUAAAUUAAGACCUUCUGCUAUUUUAAAGCAGGUUACAUAUACCUUGACAAACACUGCCACCUCACAUCUGUACACUGCCAUUAGAUUUAACUGAGUAGUGUCCUCUUUGGAAGCUUGUGACUUGUUAAACUUCACCUGGCCCCUGUUUAGAUGAACUGAAUGUCUGUAACUUUGCCUUCUGGUUCAAAAAGGAUUAGCAGGCACAAAAAUGUUUUCUUUAAAGUCCUUCUUGAUGUUAAGGGAAUGUCUUGGCCUGCAAAACAAAGAAGACAAGGUUUCAGAUAAUCUAGACCAUAAAUAUAUCAAUCAAUAAUGAAUGGUGAAUGAUUAAUCUGAGUAACUUUCUCAUUUAAGAUACAAAAUGACUACUGCAUACAAUAAAAAUCUUACAGUAUAAUUUCAGUAAAUUCAUCUGACAAAAAAUAAAGUUAGAGCAUAUCACUUCAAAACUAAACAAGUUAUAUACAUAAGUAUUUCUCUUCAAGAUAUGUUUCAAAAUUCAGUUGAUUUAAACCAGUUAAAUUGUUUAACAUGAAAGAAAAUAUCAGUAAUACAAAUGAUGGUCAGACUGGGAAAAUAAAUAAAAACAUCUAACUGUAGUUGCCCAGGUCCACAUAGAGGAGGUUGCUAAUAGCAUUCUAUACUCAACUAUAUCAAAAAAAAAAUGAUGUUUUAAACACUGAAUUGUUUUGUGUUUUGUUUUAGGAAAGCAGGCAAUAUAAAUAUAGCUUUAUACCGUUUAAGGUGCCUUUUCUAUUUUUAUAGUUCAUAUCACCACUUUUAGUCUCUUAGUACAAACAUUUUGAAGUGCUGUAAUAAAUUACAAUGAUUCUGUAAAUAAAAAUUUUCAGGACUGUUUCAGGACAGAUGUCUGAAAUGUCCAAAGUUUGGUGAACUGUGCAUAUUUGCUUUAAUGUUGAAUGUAUGUUAAAUAAGAAUAUUUUUGUACAAUGUUAUACAAUUUCAAGACUUGUAUUACUUUUCUGGAAAAGGUAUUUUGCUGUUUGACAAAUAAUUAAUAUAUGAAGAGUGAGGUAUCUUUUGUGGAAACUAUUUUUGAUUCUGAUAAUAGUAUAAAUGUAUGUUUUGUUGUUCACUAUAUAGCUCUUAUACUUGUAUCAUUUGCUUUGUGUGUUUGUAAA